AACAAGCUUACUCAAAAAACCUUAUACCUAAACUCGUUAUAGCAAUACAACACAUAUAGCACAACAAUGGGAAAUUGCAUAGUACUUCGUCAGAAUGAUAAGAAGAAUGUCCUUGAAUAUAAAGCUCCAAUGAAGGUCCAUGAAGUGUCACCGCUUUUAACAGAGCCACAGGCAAAACAAGUCAAAAAGAAGGUGAGGUUUGCUGAUGAAGUAGUUAAGGAAAGUAGCAAAGGUUGUUCAGAGGUUGUAAGAAUUAAGGUUGUUAUCACUAAGCAAGAGUUGCAAGCUCUUUUAAAUGAAGGAGGAUUAAGACUUGAUGAUGGCAUGGUUCAGUAUCCUCUUCAGAAAGAACCAAGCUCUGUUGCUGAGAUUAAUAGUAGUAGUUCUUUCACUGAUAAUGACACUAAUGAUUGUAUAGGAUGGAGGCCUGCUCUAGAUAGUAUUCCUGAAUUAGACUAGCUUAUUAAUCAGUCCUCUUCGGAUUUUAGUUUCUCAUAUUGUAUGUAACAUAGCCAUAGUCAGUCAACUAUAGUAAGAUGCAAAAAUCUUGAGAGAUAUUAAGAAAACAGGUACUUCUGCUUUAGUGAAGGACAGGAGUGUUCUUUUCUUACUUCAAGUGAAACUUACAAAUUUGGUAGUUAAUCUUCUUCAGUAUAUCAACUCUAAUUUCUCCUUUGCUUAUACCAAUCGAGUUGCAUGAAGGCUAUCAACUGAGCAGUGAGAAAUUAUAAUAUAUUUCUCUUAAGCGCUUUGUUA